GGGUGAGGGUACUUGAUAGGCAAGUACUUUUCCGUGCAAUCGGUGCGGGAUGACACUUUCAGCCUGAGUCGACAGAAGCUGCCUGUGUACCUCGGAGCAGAGAAUGCGGUUUGCGUGCGAUUCGACCACCUCAGCUAUCGUAUUGGUUUAACAUCCCCUGUUGCGGACGGCCCUGGCAGUCAAGGUCAAGCGGGAUGGUGUACAUGCCUUUUCACCUUUGCUGUUCCUGCCGUCAAUUGACCCUCGACUUCCUAGGUAUCUAAAGCGCAAGGUUGCUGUCCCGCCAUGACCCUUUUGCAUCAGCUCCCCCUUCCGCGAAUUUACCCCUCCAUAACCCCACUUCCCUCUUACCAACUAAACUACCAUUUGUCUUAAAGGCGUAGCUCCAGCUUCCUCUUUCUCUUUCUUAUUCUCCCACUUCCACCUUGCAGCCCACGCAAACCCCAACCACCAAAAACUAAACGAGACAACCAACAGCAAAAUGGGUGUUACCAAGACUACUCACUCCGAGGGCUCCGGCGCCAUCCCCCAACCUGGCCAGACCGUCACCAUUGAGUACACCGGCUACCUCAAGGACACCUCCAAGCCCGACCAGAAGGGCAGCAAGUUCGACUCUUCCGUCGGCCGUGGCGACUUCGUCACCCGCAUCGGUGUCGGCCAGGUCAUCAAGGGCUGGGACGAGGGUGUCACCCAGAUGAAGGUUGGCGAGAAGGCCACCCUUGACAUCACCAGUGACUACGCCUAUGGCGAGCGCGGCUUCACCGGUCACAUCCCCCCCAAUGCUGACCUCAUCUUCGAUGUCCACCUCAAGAGCGUCAAAUAA